GUUAGGUGCGAGCGUGUGGGGGACAAGAGAAGCUGAAAUUGAUGGCUCUCCAUGUACUUCUGCCAUUGUGUACAACCCAAAGCCCAAAGGCAAAGAAGAUAAAUAUCGCCUCCUUUCCUUUCUUUCUCUUUCUUUUCCACUUCUAUUUAUCUGUCAACACCGCCCUUUUUCUCUCUCUCUCUAGAUCUUCUUUGCUUUUGGUACUGUGAAAAGCUAAUCUGAGGCUCAUGUUUAUCUUCUCUCUUCUUUCACAAAAUCCAUCUUUUUUUUUUUUAUCUGAUUUAAUUAUUCUAAAACCUUCAGCUUCUAAUUCUAUUUAUGCUUUCCUUUUCUCUAUGUUGGGUUUUUUCCUUCCUUCCCUUUGUCAACUUAUUAUUUUGGGACCUUUGGGUUUCUUUUAGUUGCUUCUUCUUCAAGAUCUUAUCGCACUCUGCUUAGAAAUUAAGCUGAAAAUUUUCUUCCAGGAAAUUGAUGCUAAAAUUCCUUCAGAAUUUUCCUCUUCGUUUUAUAGGAAGUCGACUUGAGCUACGUAGAAUGGUUCUCUAGCUUGAAGUUCUCGGCUCUACGAAGCAGAAAAAUAACAGAGUAAAAACAGGGCAAAACAGGGGAAGAUUAGAGGAAGUUUUAAUGGAUUCAAGUGCCCAUCAAAGCUAUCAAAACCAAACUAAUCAACCCAAUUCAGGGUUGUUACGUUUUCGUUCAGCUCCAAGUUCUCUUCUUGCUAAUUUCACCAAUAGCCUUGAUUGCGGGAUUAGCAAGGGCAGUAUCGACUCAGAGAGAUCGAUAUCCAGAUUCAUGAAUUCAAGCGGCGGUGACAGAGAAAUCGAGGAUAAAUCUGGGACAGAGACGGCUGUUAACUAUGCGAAUCCGCAGCAGAGUUAUUCAGGGUUGCCGCCUCAUUAUCCGAGACAGAGCUCUGCUACGAGCUCCUCUACCAUGGAUAGCUCAUAUGAGUUAUUGGGAAUGGAUCAUCACAGUCAAGGGAAACCGUUUAUUUCUAGCCUUAUGAGGCAAAGUAGCUCUCCUGCAGGGCUUUUUACCAACUUUUCUGUUCAAAAUGGCUAUGCCAGCAGGAAAGGUGUGGGAAACUACUGUGGGGUGAAUGUUACUAAUGGAGAAUUAAGUCCAUCUUCAAACAGAUUGAAGAAUCAGAUCAGCUUCUCGUCAGGACUACGUUCUUCCUUGGGCAUGUUGUCACAGAUUUCAGAAAUUGGCGAUGAAAGCAAUGGGGCUAAUAGUCCCGAUGAUAGCAAACUUGGAAAUAGCAACAGUGAUGCUCAAUUCUAUGGCACUGGAUACCAAUAUAGUUCUUGGAAUGAUUCUGCACGCUUCGCAGAGAAUUUUUCUGGCUUGAAAAGGACACAAGAUAAUGAGCGGAAGUUCUUCUCCAUUAACCAGAAUGGAGAUCUUGGAAGUCGUGUUCAUGUAUUAUCUCACCACUUGAGUCUGCCAAAGACUUCAAACGAGAUAGUUGCCACGGAGAAGUUUCUAUAUUUUCAAGAUUCAGUCCCUUGUAAGAUUAGAGCUAAGCGUGGUUGUGCUACUCAUCCUCGAAGCAUUGCAGAAAGGGUGAGAAGAACCCGGAUUAGUGAACGGAUGAGAAAGCUACAAGAGCUUGUUCCAAACAUGGACAAGCAAACCAAUACAGCAGACAUGUUAGAUUUGGCAGUGGAGUACAUCAAGGACCUUCAAAAACAGUUCAAGACUCUCAGCGACAAUCGAGCAAACUGCAAGUGCUUAAAUAUUCAGAAACCAGUCCCAAAUCAAAUUGUAUGAUUAGCUUUGCUUCUGUACAAAAGAUAAGGAAAGUAAUGGAGAGAAGGGGAUAGAAUUUUGAUAUGAAUGAAUUGUUAGUCUUUCUUUGAUGCGGUGAACCAAGUAAAAAAGGAGCUUUUAGCUUCUUUUUUCCUUUUCUUUUAUGAUAUAAAAAGUUUGGCUGCAUUUUCAUCACGAGAUUCCAAUCCUGUAAGCUAAAAAAGCUUCCCACUUUCAAGGUAUAUGGAAUAAAGAGAAAAUUGUAUAGGAUAUGUUUUUGGAUUGCAUUACUCGUUAUCAUC